AUCAGCUAAUUAAAUAAAAACUUCAUCUUAUACAAUGGGCUCGCUUAAAGACAACUUAGACCUGCUUGGCCUUAUUUACAAGGACUUCCUACAGUUGCGCAAUAUCCAGCCUGUUUCAAUUGAUCGUUCAGACAGCCACAUAUCGGUUAUUGCGCCCGAGGGCAAAUCGAUCGUAACUCAGAGCAACGAUAUCUACACUAUUGAGAAUCUCAGAAAGGACACAGACGGAACUCAAAUAACGUACACCGCCUCUCUGAAAUGGCCCCAAGAUGCUGUUGUUAAGUAUCCGACUGAAAUCGACGAUAUCGAUUCCUGUCUGGUAGAUCGCCUACUCGCCAUGGUGACAGAUAAAUUUGGGCUAUUUUUUCCAAAGGAGUCAAAACCCCCCACGCAGUCCGAUACUGAUAAACAAAGACAUAUUACGCAGCCGCAGGAGCCGGUGACAGGCAUCUCUGCGGAUGCAUCCAACCAGGCAACACAAGAUCACACUCCUACCCCUUCGUAUACAUCGCCCGCUCCAAGACCACUCCCUGCCGCUCUCGCACCCCCUCCAUUCGAGGACGAACACAAAAUCCAGUCCAGCCGGUCCCAGACACUUCCAUCAGCAGAUGCACAAGCAGGUGUCAACGAUCUUUAUCCAGGCGGUAUGAAAGAUCCCCCUUUCAAACCAUAUUUGGAUCCUCUUGCAGUAAAUCCUACAAAGGGAGGGGGUAUGCAUCCAACUUCUUCUGAUCCGCUUUUUAAUCGAAAUUUGGGGGGUUCAACUCCAGGAAUAAGGUACGAUGAUCCGUUGCUGGGGCCUGACGAGGACCCCGACCUUUUGGGUGCUGGACUUCCAGGACAUAUGGGGCUGCCGGGACAGGGAAGUUUCAGACGCCCUCAAGGUCCGCCUGGUCCUCCAGGCUCGUUUUCUUCUGGAGGCUUUGGAGGACUUGGUCGAUUUAUAUAGCAUCUAGGGUUUAUACUUGUACAAAAUUUACCCGGCAAAAAUUGUGGGGAAAUUAUUUGAUUUCAAAAUUAUCCCUUAUGCUCAGACGGUCGUGCCAGUUUGCCCUACAAACUCGAAAGAAAUCCUCUUUAACGCUGCCUAAAACAGCUCCAAUUACCAGGAAAGGCCAAGACGAAAUUGAGAUUGCACAGGCACCAAAUAGAGCUGCAACAUGGUCGCCUAGCCAGUCAUCUAAAGACCAUAUUAUUAAGACCAAUGUUCGCUUCGUUGGCAGGGACCUCACAAAACAGCCUAACCCGCAAGCAGCAAUAGACUUGAUUGCCCAACAGCCUAUUAGAUACAUACACAACAACAUUGCGGUCUGUAGCGGAACAGACAUCUUCCAGGGCCACCCUAAGGUCUAUAUAAAUCUCGACAAGGAUAUGCCUGGAACCUGUGGCUAUUGUGGCUUGCGUUAUGCCAGGGAGGAACUCAAGGAUAAGUUGUCCUAGCUUUCCACAAAAGUGAUUAUUUAUUUUCUUUGGCAGGUAUACGAAUUUAAGGCUUGCUCGGCAUCUUGCUCCAACGGAGCACAUUGUAUCUCAUAGGGGC